ACACAACAACAACCACAAUACCGUGCGACGCAGCGCGCAUGCGCACAACACUACCCAACCAGUGUCGACCCCAGCCAUCUAUUAUGCUUCUUCGCAAUAAAAGCUACCCGAAAAUCUGCGAGGAAAACGCUACCGGAGCCGCUUGGAGUGAAACGUGCUGACACUCAGGUCCUGAGAUGGGAUGUGUGUGUCGAGGUGGGACUAAGGAGCAGCAAGAGGAUCAUUGUAACUGAGUUCAGAGACGUACAGACGUCAUUCAGGCAACUUCUUCCCCUUAACUGAGCAGUAUGUCGAUAGUCACAUCCCCUACCCAGGUGCCUCCACCUAUUGUGAACCCUUCCCCUCCUGAGGUCACGAAUCCUGGUAAGCCUGGCCGAAAAACGAACCAGCUACAAUACAUGCAGAAUGUGGUUGUGAAGACUCUAUGGAAGCAUCAGUUUGCGUGGCCCUUUUACACACCUGUGGAUGCCAUCAAAUUGAAUCUGCCAGACUACCAUAAAAUUAUCAAGAAUCCAAUGGACAUGGGAACCAUAAAGAAGAGACUUGAGAAUAAUUACUAUUGGACUGCGGGCGAAUGCAUGCAGGACUUUAACACUAUGUUCACAAACUGUUACAUCUAUAACAAGCCCACAGAUGACAUUGUUCUCAUGGCUCAAGCCUUGGAAAAGAUUUUCCUCCAAAAGGUAGCUCAGAUGCCCCAGGAGGAGGUGGAACUUUUACCCCCACCACCAAAGGGUAAAGCAAGGAAACCUGGACCACCACCUACUUCAGAAAACCAACAAUCGAUAGCACUGACUACUGGUUCUCCAUCCUCGUCAUGUCCGAGCUCCCCUCCUCAGCUGGCUCAGACUCCUGUAAUAGCUGCGACUCCAGUUUCGACCAUCACCUCCAAUGUCCAAGCUGUGCCCCCUGCCACGUCCAUGAUCCCAACCGCACAGCCUGUUGUCAAAAAGAAAGGGGUGAAGCGAAAAGCAGACACUACCACACCCACAACCUGCGCGAUCACUGCCAGCAGAAGUGAGUCGCCCACAGCGAUGUUGGAAUCCAAACACAGUAAAAUCAUUUCAAGACGAGAGAGCACAGGUCGACCCAUCAAACCUCCCAAAAAGGACCUGGAGGAUGGAGAUGUCCAGCAGCAAGGCAACAAGAAAAGCAAACUCAACGAUCAUCUCAAAUACUGUGAUACUAUCCUUAAAGAGAUGCUUUCCAAGAAGCAUGCGGCCUAUGCCUGGCCCUUCUACAAGCCCGUGGAUGCAGAGGCGCUCGAGCUGCAUGACUAUCAUGAAAUCAUCAAGCAACCAAUGGACCUCAGCACUGUCAAAAAAAAGAUGGACAGUCGAGAAUACCAAGACGCCCAAAGUUUCGCAGCAGAUAUUCGGUUAAUGUUCUCAAAUUGUUACAAAUACAACCCACCCGAUCACGAGGUCGUUGCCAUGGCAAGAAAACUGCAGGAUGUGUUUGAGAUGAAAUUCGCUAAGAUGCCGGAUGAACCCGCAGAGCCGUCCUCACCCAGUGCGGUGUCGGCCACGGCAGUGGUGAGCAAAAGCACUGGCAGCAGCGAGAGCAGUGUGGACUCUUCCAGCUCCAGCUCCGACUCGGAAGAGGAACGGGCCACUCGGCUGGCUGAGCUGCAGGAACAGCAAUUCGCUGUGGAGCACCCCAAUGGUAACAGGGCGGGGACAAAAAACGGGUGUGCCAAACAUUUUCAGCUGAAGGCUGUUCAUGAACAGCUAGCCGCUCUGUCACAGGGUCCUGUGAGCAAACCAAAGAAAAAGAAAGAGAAGAAAGAAAAAGAGAAGAAGAAAAAAGACAAAGAGAAGGACAAAGACAAAAACAAGGUCAAGGUGGAAGAUGACAAAAAGGCCAAGUCCUCACAAACGAAUAAGCAAACUCAGCAGAAGAAGACCUCUGCGCGGAAACCCAACAGCACAUCCACCACGAGGCAACCCAAAAAGGGGGGCAAACCUGGCUCUGCAAACUACGAGUCUGACGAGGAGGAGUCUUUCCCCAUGUCUUACGACGAGAAACGGCAGCUCAGCCUGGAUAUCAAUCGUUUGCCGGGUGAGAAACUGGGCCGUGUUGUCCACAUCAUCCAGUCGCGUGAGCCGUCGCUGCGAGACUCCAACCCAGACGAGAUCGAGAUCGACUUCGAAACGCUCAAGCCUUCCACGCUGCGUGAGCUCGAACGAUACGUCAAGUCCUGUUUACAGAAAAAGCAGCGCAAGCCUUUACCGGGCACUGGGAAAAAGAGUGCCAAGUCUAAAGAGGAACUGGUUCAGGAAAAGAAGAAAGAGUUAGAAAAGAGGCUACAAGACGUGAGCGGACAACUGAACAACAACAAGAAACCACCCAAAAAAGCAGAGAAGGCGGGGUCAGCGCAGGGGGGCGGGCCAUCUCGGCUGAGUGGCAGCAGCAGUUCUUCAGAUUCGGGCAGCAGCAGCUCCAGCGGCUCCAGCUCCGAGAGCAGUGACUCAGACUGAACUCCAAUCGGCGCGUCACAUACUUCAACCUCCUCUAUUUUCUAACGAGUAGUGUGUGUUGUCAUGAUAGUAUCUCUCUGAAGGCCCGUUUUCUAAAGAGCUAGACGCACUGCAGAUGGCAGAGGAUAUUUUAAAAUAGUUUGUAGGAUGCUCUUGGCUCAAACCAAGAGGAGAGUUGGAAUAGUUCAAGCAGUUUUAAGGUUCUCGCUGGCCCUCAAAGGGAAACGUCUGGUAUCACCAGAGGAGAAAAAAAAAGAUAUUUUUUGAAAAUCUGUCAGUUGUGGAGGUGAAACGGUUGUGUGUGUCUGUUUUUUGGUCUUUCUUUCUUUUUUAGGUUGCUGCUUGUUAGAUCCAUACUGAAAACAUGCAUUAGUGCAAAAAACUGACAAAUGCCUGGCUGCAUUUUACUGAUCGAGUAGCUACACAAAGUCUCAAAAUCUGAAGGAACAAUGAAUUAUCGGUUCUCUCAUGUUGGCAUGACUUUUCAACUCAUUCCACAUUUAUUUUGCUGACUAUGAUACUACUCUUCAUUGUUACUAUUUUUAAGAGAGUCUAUUUAUUUUUUUUUAAUCCAAAAAGGCACAAAAUGAUGUGUGUUUUCAACAGAAAUGUUUCCAGUUGACCAGUUUAAAUGUAAGAAAUUCGGCUCAGCAUAGCUCACUAGUACUCUAGAGUUCAUCUGGAAAUGGUCAGUAUCAUUAUUAAACCGUUUUCAGAGGCUUCGCAAUCAUUUUUGGCUAUUUCAACUGUAAAUUUUCACUUUCCGUUUCUAUUAGCUCAGUAUUUGAUGUAGAAUUAUGUCUGAAUUUUUUUUGUUUGUUUGUUUUUUAAUCUAUAUCAUAUGCUCAUUCGUUUGUUUGUUUUAUUCGGAUUGUCGUCUUUAUUUUAUUUUUUUUCACUAUUAAUAUGUAGGUGCCCUGACACUCAUUUCCUACUUUUUAUCUGAUAUGUAUGAAAUGGGGGUUUCAAAAAGAAUGGGCAUUAAAAACACCCACAAGGCUGCAGAUUGGAAUGAAUCGGCCUCAAUUAAAUCCUUCAAUGGGGAAAACCAAGUGAAGACUAGCUCUCUUGGACAAAUAGCCACUUAAAGGAGAUUUUUGUUAAAAAAAGAUAAAAUUGGACAUUUCCCUUUGAGAAGAUAUUAAGUUGCAGUGCUAGAUUUAAUUUCAGAAGGAUGUAUGUUUGACACUAGUUAUUUUUAGUUGAAAGUAUUACAACUAAUGUAUGUUCUCAAUUUUAAUAACUUUAUUUUACUUUAGUUUUUCUCAAAUGGUGUAUUGAAUACUUUCAAUGGUACCUAGACACUUCUUGCCAUGUAUCCAGAAUAUUUUGGAAAUGAACCAUGACUGAUAAUCUUUAUAUAAAAUAUAUAUAUAUAUAUGAAUGUAUUAGAGGUUAUUUUCUCUCUUUCUUCUUGUGGCUGCAGUAAUGCCACUCAUUCACUGGGUUUGUGGCAUUGGCACUGUUUUAUUUCAUUUAACAGCCUUGAAUUUAACUCUGAACCCCUCAGAAUCAUUGGAUGUGAUCUUGUUGCCUUAAGUUUAGUCGGCACACUAAGAUAAAGUAAAAUGGUUCCGGUAUAACUGAUCAAGUUGAAGCCCAUGUGUAAAAUUUUUUUUUUUUUUUUUUUGUUAAUCAUGAAAAUACAUAAAAAAAAUUAUGAUGUAAAGUGACUUCAUUGGUUUUCUUACAUGUAGGAUGCUUUUAAUUAUGUUUUGAUUUUAUUCAUUAUACCACUGUAUUGCAUUACAUGUUCCUUGUAGACUAUAACAUACCUUGUCUCUUAGAUGAUUUCUGUUACAGCUCCUGUUCCUCAAUUCCUCCAGCAGAGUCCAGUAAAUGCAACUGAGCUUCAUGAUGCAGACAGAGAUAUAAAUAUACAUAGGAUAUAUAAUUACAGAUAUAAAUGUAUAUUCACUACUUAUUCGUCAACUCUGUCUUGGGGUCUAAGUAUUUUAGUUCUUUUUUUAUGAGAGAGAACGUUUGUGUAUUGCAUGCCAAUUUACAGUAUAUUUCUUAAACUUUUUGAGCAGUUUAUAACAUGUAAAUGUCAUUCUUUCGAGUGAAGUUUUAAAAUCGGUAGCGCUGCAUAUGUUAAGUUCAGCAAGUUGACAAGUAUGUUUUGGCACAGACUUACAUGAUAAUAUCUGAUGUAUAAGCUAAUCUGAGAUUUGGACACUGAGCCCCUCGUUUUUCGUAAAUAAAUCACAAAAACCCA